CCAAAGCAAUGGGAGACUACCUUACACUACCAGUCAUAGCCCACGUGAUGCAAUUCAUGGGAAAAAUGGAAGCGAUUCUCUUUAUCAGAGGUCAUAUAAGUAGAGUAAAAACUGGAGUUUUGCUUGGUAACAGUUGAUUCAGCUCCUUAUUUUGUACAAGCACACCACUAAUUAUAAGAAACGGAAACAUCUUGACAAUAUGCCUUGGUAUUAUCCUUGAUGUGCUUUUCCAGCCUCAUGGGAAAAAAACUGAGCUAUGGCUGUCUUUUGUAGCACAAGUGACCAACAACCAUUCAACUCUCAAACUGGCAUGUUGGUUUAAGUGAAAUGAAUAAGGGUUUAGAUUUACUACAUUAUCUCAAGGGUCUAUGUGGUUAGACGGUCUUAGUUCAUUCUUGUAAACUAGGAAUUCAAUUGCAUCCAACGAUGUCACCAAAGAGAUGCAUUUAGUGCACAGCUAACUUACAGUAACCAUGGUUAUAGGAAAUUGGAUUUACACGCUGAUUCCAUGGAUCUCUUAAGUCCCCAAAUCACAUGAAUUUGCGGCAUCAGUAGAGAAGGAGAGAAGGCACAGUUCCAGGAAUGACUUUUAUAUAAGAGAGACGUGUAAUCACCUCAGAGAUGCCACAACCGACAUGAACAGCAUAAUCACACUCGUCGCAGUAAUAAGCAGGGAUAUCAGGGUUUCUCUCCAACCCACAGAAGCUGCACCACUCCAGGGAACCCCUUUUUUCUCGAGUUGUGCAGGUCAGGUAAUGUUGGUGAUCCCUGUGUUUGACAGUUUCUGGUAUGGGGAACGACGGAGUGCAGUGAAGAUGGAUCGCAUAAUCACAUCCAGGAGUUACGCAAACGAAAAUGGGAAUGUUAUCAUCAUAGCCGCGAAUGCCACAGGUACUGCAUUUACAAUCUGAACUUCCCGGGGAGAACACCUUCUGUAAGAGAAGAAGUUAGUGAUCAGGAUGUGGGAGCUGCAAAAUUGUACGUAUGGAAGCGCAGCUUAUGUCGAGGGCAAAGUUGCACUGUAAACAUUUGUAUGCAUAGCUGCCACACUCUUUUGACAGCAUGAACAGCAUAAAGGCUUGGCCUCCUUUGCCUUCCUGGGGUGGAGGGUCAGCCGGUGAGGAGGGUGGAGAGGGUGCUACAGAAUCACUAGGGGCAACUCGGCGCACCCCCUGUGUGCUACGAAACUGCAGUCUGACUCAGUGCACCUGUAGGGGGAUCUGAAAAGAAAUCAUCACAUAAAUGACACUGAACAUUAGAGUCGUAGCCAGGUCUGGUCCUUGUUAAAGGAUGCAGGUGAGAGAAAUGCUCAAUCUGCAUCUUGAACUUGAAGAUCUGCACUCUCUUCUGAGCAAGGAAACAAAAAGAAAGUCUUGAGGGGAAAGAACCAGAGAGAAGGGUUAUGGAGGAUGAAGAUUCAGAUCCUUGCUACGACGAGAGUCUAGAUUAUAGCCACGACCAUGCAUUGAUAGAGCGCAAUGUUAAAAAGGGAAUGUAUGUGAGGUGCUGCAAGUGCCACGGUCCAGUUGAAGGAUCGGUUCUUGGCUGCAAAGAGUGCAAUGGCUACUUCUGGCACAAGAAAUGCUUGGAGGAAUUGCCUAGAGAAAUUCGACAUCCUUAUCAUCCAGAACACUGCCUUGUCCUCCAAGAAUCUGAUUAUGGAGGAAAGGUUUGCACGGUGUGCCGACCAUUCAUUCGGGGGUCCUACUUCAGCUGCAACGACUGUGAAUUCUAUCUGGACGCUUACUGUGCUUCCCUCUAUUCGGCCCCUGAAUACGCCGGGAGGAUGUUCCGCAAUGGCAGUCAUCUUUUUGCCCUGAGAAAGCUCGAGAGAGGAUCGCAAACUACUGGUGAAUGUUGCGACAGGUUGAUGGCUGAGCCCUACAUCUUUCAUUGUGUAGAACCCAACUGCAUGCUGAGGCUUCAUCUCAGCUGCCCUCCGUUCUCUUUCCCGGACACAGUCGCGCACCGUCGUCACCUUCAUCCGCUCAACUUGGAUACAUCUUUAGUCGAGGAGGAAGAGGAUCCUAACGAUGAGUACUACUGCGACAGCUGUGAGAGUCAAAGAACCUCGAACCGACCGGUGUAUUGCUGUCGCGAGUGUAUUCCCAAUUUUGUUGCUCAUGUUUGCUGCGUGGCCUAUGAGGUUUGCUCUCUCUUAACUUUUCAAUAGAAGUUGUUUUCUUUUGUGGA